GAUGGUCACACGGUGAGGGGGAGUAAGGAAGCUCGACGAGAUCAUUCCAGUUAUCUGAAAUGCAGACUUAAAAAUGUGCGAUGUGGUUUGAGAAAUCGCAGAUGUUAUGUGCUUUCGUGUGUGGAUCGUCCAGGUCAAUGAUCUGUCAAUAUAAAUACGAAAAAAGACAACUCCUUACGGAAAAGUGUUUUUGACAGAUUGUUGCCCACCUCAUCACCAGAUUUGUUUAUCAAAUCCCAAGUCACCUUUGUCUCCUUUUGUUUUUGACAGCAUAGGCCAUGUAUACCUGCCUUCUCUAACCUGAAAGCAUGGACAGCUCACAGUCUGCAGGGAUGUCUGAAGAAAAUAGAAAAAAGAUAGAAGAGAUUGGCAAGAUGACUGCCCUUUCCCAGGAGGAGAUAUUCUGUAACACCAAGACCAUUAUACAGGGCCUUGAUACUCUGAAGAAUGAGCAUCAUCAGAUACUUAAUGGAUUGCUGUCUUCCAUGAAGACAAUCAAACGGGAAAAUGGAGACACUAACCUCAUGGAGGAAAAAACAAACAGACUGAAAAAGUCACUGGAAACAAUAGAACUAGGGCUUAGUGAAGCACAGGUAAUGAUGGCGCUUUCAAAUCAUUUACAACACGUGGAAGCAGAAAAACAAAAGCUACGUGCACAAGUGAGAAGGUUGUGUCAGGAAAAUGCUUGGCUAAGAGAUGAACUAGCAAAUACACAACAGAAACUACAAAUGAGUGAACAGAAAGUAGCAACUAUUGAAGAAGAGAAGAAACAUUUGGAAUUUAUGAAUGAAAUGAAAAAGUAUGAUUCAUCAGAUCCACAGCAGACCAGUGUGCACCAAGUGACAGAAGAGAAAGAACAGGACCAGUCAACACAGUCUCUAGAACUUGGGUUUCCUGAUGAUGACGAGGACUCCCCUCAACCUGAAGUUCUUUCCCCCUCCCAACCCAGUGCAAUGGCUCAGGCGGCCAGCGGGGGUUACGAAAUUCCUGCACGGUUACGCACCCUUCAUAAUCUAGUCAUACAGUACGCCUCCCAGGGCCGGUAUGAGGUUGCAGUGCCACUAUGUAAACAGGCACUAGAGGACUUGGAAAAGACGAGUGGACAUGAUCAUCCAGAUGUAGCCACAAUGUUAAAUAUACUUGCACUUGUAUACAGAGACCAAGGGAAAUACAAAGAGGCUGCAAACCUACUGAAUGAUGCCUUAGGCAUCCGAGAGAAAACCCUGGGAUAUGACCACCCUGCAGUAGCAGCCACACUGAACAACUUAGCUGUAUUAUACGGAAAAAGAGGCAAAUACAAAGAGGCUGAGCCCCUCUGCAAGAGGGCUCUGGAAAUUAGGGAAAAGGUUCUUGGAAAAGACCAUCCAGAUGUAGCCAAGCAACUUAAUAAUUUAGCUCUAUUGUGUCAAAAUCAGGGCAAAUAUGAGGAGGUGGAACAGUACUACCAAAGGGCCCUGGAUAUUUACGAAGGUAAACUGGGCCCCGAUGACCCUAAUGUUGCUAAGACAAAGAAUAAUUUGGCAUCUGCAUACUUAAAACAAGGCAAAUACAAACAGGCCGAAGCUUUGUAUAAGGAGGUGCUUACCAGAGCACAUGAAAAAGAGUUUGGUAAAGUUGAUGGAGAGAACAAACCUAUUUGGAUGCAGGCUGAGGAGCGAGAAGAGAACAAGGGUAAAUACAAAGAUGGGACCCCAAUGCCUGAAUAUGGAGGCUGGCAUAAAGCUGCUAAAGUAGACAGCCCCACAGUGACGACAACCUUGAAGAACCUUGGUGCACUUUAUAGAAGACAAGGAAAGUAUGAGGCCGCGGAGACACUAGAGGAGUGUGCCAUGAGGUCCAAGAGAAAUGCUCUGGAUGUAGUUAAACAGACCAAAAUUGCCGAAGUUCUAGGCAGUGACUAUAAGGAACACCCACCAAACAAUCAGAUCCAGGGGUAUAGACGACGCUCUAACAGCAGGGACCGAAUUCCCCGUCGGGACCCCGUGGAUAGCAUUGAUAAUGGUGAUGGUGAAGAUGGGAAAUUAAAGCGCAGUGGCUCAUUUUCCAAACUGAGAGCUUCCAUAAGACGAAGCAGUGCCAAAUUGGUGCAGAAAUUGAAAGGAAAAGGUCCAGGGGAAGAAAAUUCUGGAAGUAUGAAAAGGGCAAGCUCCUUGUCGGUUCUCAACAGCUUAAACAGUAGAGAAGAUAAACUGAGCGAAAGUCGGCGUUCCUAUGGAGACUUAAGUACGCGUGGACGGACAGCCAGCUCCGACCAGCUGACCAGUCGACCAUUUUGAUGUUAAUUAUUCUUAAACAACACUUAAAAACAAUGUACAUUGCAUCCUCCAUUUUAUCAUUGUCAACAUCAAACGUGUCAUCUUCAUCACACACUCUGGUCUCAUAGUUAUUGUUGGCUUCAAGGCUUGCUGUUUUGUGGCCAUCGCAGUUGUCUUCUCUUGCCGUGCUGUUUUUGUACCGAUUUAUCUGAUGUAUACUACUUGUCACACCCAUCUGUGCACCAGUUUUUACAGUGUAUUCUUACUUGGUGGUCAUCACAUUACAAUGUAAAACAUUGUAUAGCAAUAGUGAUAUAACUACUGUAGAAAAAAUACAAUGUAUUUAUUAUAGCAAAUAACUAUCUAUAUCAUACUGACUUUGUACUACAGCACAUCUCUAUCACAUUAUCACCUGUCCUCUGGGUGCUUAGUAUUAUAUUAUUGUUUCCUAAAGUGGUAUUACAAUGUCUUACAUGAGUAUUAAUGUAACUGUAUAGCAGGGUGGGGGAUGUAUAGGAUAACUAACCUAUUAUAACAGUGUCUAUGUCAUAGUAGACAUGGGCCUGUCUACAUUUAGAGCUCAACACUGAGGUGUGAUGGCAGUUCAGUCUACACAAGGAAUGAAAUAUUUUCGGAAAUGCUAUACUGAUUUUUAUAAACAGUGAAUUAACAGAAACAAAACAAAAUGUUGAAAAAAGAACAUUCCAAACUUGAUUUGUAAACAUUGGUGUGCAUGUUCAAAUGGUUGGAAUCCAUCACAGGAAACUCUACAAUGCUGGAUGAUAAGUUUGUUAUAUGCUCUUUGGUUCUAGCACAUUCUAUACCAUCUUGUUGAACUUGAGUACGUAGGUACUUCAUUAUGGUGAAUAGGGAAAGGUGUCUUUUUCUACUUAAUUUUUCACCUAACAGCACAGUAACCUUUCCUCAGUACUUACAUAAACGUGUCCUGACUGUCUAAAACUUUUAAUAUUUCUUAAAUGAUUUUUUUCUGAUAAAUUGUCCUUUGAUUGGUAUGGUAUUGCGUUCUGAUGCUUUGACUUUAUCCAAAGAUUGGUGAAGUGGAAAGGUUUGGUCAAAUUUAGCAUACUGCUGGUAUCAACCUCUGGUCAUUUAGACCCUGUUAGGACACAGGUGAGAUGUGGAGGAAAGGUCACUGGGUAUAAUAUAUUUGCCAACUCUUUUGUCAAACAUAGAGAAAGUAAACCAAAUACAGAGUUGAUAGACAUCCCUGUAAUGUUAACCACGGAUGCACAGUCUGAUUGGUUUGUCUGAGAGUUGUGAUGACUGCCUCAUUUCAUCUUCACAUUAGUGCAAUACAAGUGAAGCAUAAGGCCCUUCAGGCUGUUUUAGUAGACUUGACAAGUUUGUCAUGGAUUUGUUGAGGUCUGUAUAGUUUUAUCAUACAUGCAUUUAUAAUUAAGGUGUGCUACUUGCGUACCAACCAGGCUUCAGUUACAUGUAAAUUCUGAACCUCAUACAGUAUAAUAACGGUGUGCUACUUGUAAGCCGACCAGCUAUCAGUUAAGUUCUGAACCUGAUACAGUAUAAUAACGGUGUGCUACUUGUGUACCAACCAGGCUUCAGUUACAUGUAAGUUCUGAACCUCAUACAGUAUAAUAACGGUGUGCUACUUGUAAGCAGACCAGCUUUCAGUUAGGUUCUGAAACUUGUACAGAAGUUGUUUUCAAUUAAGUACUGUGUUAUCUUUGAAGUAUACAGACUGGCGUCCAUCAUCUGAAAUUGACACUAGUGAAGUUUUAGGAAAUUUAGGGCAUUUAAAUCAUUGAUUCCCUUGAUACAUUAAAAUAUUGCCAGAAUUUUGUUUUUCACAUAUAUACAUGCAUAAGUGUUGCUUUGAGUAGAUUAUUUGAGUCUCCAUUGGUGGUUUCUCAUGACAGUGAUAAAACAUAGAAAAAAACUUUUUUAUUUUGGAAAUGAAAAAGAGGGAGAGGACUGUUUAUUUGUUGUCAUGGAAACAUAAGGUUUAAAAGUUGUUAGAGAAGAUGAAUGGAUUAUUAUGGGGAUUAGGUUCCAGCUUUAAGUGACAAUUUUUACAUUUUUUCCAUGACAUCAUUUUAUAUCUGAUGUUUGUACAUGUUUAUCUUCUGAAACUGUUCUCUGAUGUUUAGUGCAGUUAUGGCACUCUCAUUCAUGGUCACCAUUUUCAGGAUAGUAUAGGGACAGAGAGGCUAAGUUUCGCUGGCUGUUCAUGAAUAGAUAGGUGAUAAAAGAUAUCAGUUGGAAAGGUUACAUGAAGGGAGAAGUUGACUGCCCUAGUUAAACUACAUUGUAUUUCGUAGAUAAGAGAAGUAUUGAGACAAGUUCGGGAUCAGAACACUUUCCUUCUCGAUUUCAUUACACACAGUAGUCCAUGCUCAGGCUUAAGAUCAGUUGUAAGUAUGUGUGUAAGUCUGAUUGUGUGAGUGAAAGGAGAUAUAUAUACAAUUUAAUGCAAUUAUAAACUUUGUGUAUGUUUUGUUAUGAAAGUUGUAACAUACUUUAAAGUGCUGGUGAUUUUUGUCAUUGUGAUAAUAAUAGUAUUCCUUUUCAAGGAUAGAACAAAUUAUAGAAACUAUUCAGAAUUCCUUGAUGAAGAGAAAAUGUUGAUCGUUGCUUUGGUGUUGAAUCAUGUUAUUAUGUGUGGUGUAUAUUAUUAAAACAUGUCAAUGAUGUGCUUUGGAAAUCUAAAGCAGUUGAAAGAGCUUCACAAUAAAACCUGAAACGUGUAUAUCACCUCGCAUUUUAUUCAUUUUUUUGUUGUUGUGGGAUAUUUUCGUUAAUUAUGUUCAGUUUUGAUCUCGGCUUUAAAUCUCGGUUUACUUCUUUAAUCACCACUUGAAGCAUGAAUUACCGUCGCAACAAAAGAAUAAAACCAAAUGAUCUGCUUGAUCUACGUUGUCUUCUGGAUGUCCCUGCUUUCUUUCUGAUUUUCAAGGUAACAAAUAAAGAAAUCUUGGUACAGAAUCUAGUUUCCAAGUGCUUUACAUAAAUGAACACAACAUCUAUGUGUAUAUAUAGUUGUACAAUGCAUCUAAUGCAAUAUGUGUGUAACUUACAUGAAGUGGUUAAGUCCUAUAUGCAAUAUCACAUAUCUAUAAAUAACUUGUAUGACAAAUUUGCACCUAAAGAUUUUAAUAGCAUCAUCAUACAAAACACUGUAUAUCAGAAUAACACAGGUUAGAUUAUCAAAGUAGUUUCAAAAGGUGAUGAUGUAUGUCUUGUGAAAUAUUUUAUAUCUAAUAGAAGAAAAAAAAUGGCAUACAUACACGCUGUGUGUGGUGUAAUCAUCAGUGGUAAUGAGCCUUCACUGCAUGUGAACUGAUCUAGCUUCCCACAAUACUUCCGUUUUUUAUUUUUAGAACCGAUCUGAUUGGUUGUAAGCUUGUAAAUACUACCACAGUUUUAAUGGGUUGCUAUUUUUUGUUGAUGGUAUGAUUGAGUUGUUUGUAAGUUUCAGUUGCCGGCUUUCUACCUCUGUGUAUUAAUGAAAGGAAUAUAAACGAACAAUUCUUAUUCUAGCCAGUCUUUUUUGUCACCAACUGCCAAUCAUAGCUGUGUGUAUGGUUGAAUGGAAAACACACAAUUCCAUUGAUUAAUUUAUUAAACUACAUUUGGUCAUA